CCCCGGCGGCGGCCGCGCAGCUCGGGCUCGCUCCGAGCGGCAGCUGCUGCUGGGCCAUGGCGAGCGGCGGCGGCGGCGGCGGCGGCGGCCUGAGCCCGGGCUCGGGCUCGGGCCUGGGGCUGGGCGUGGGACUGGGUCUCAGCCUGGCUAUGGGCGAGGCGACGGCCGAGGCGGAGGAGAAGGCGGCGGCCGAGGCGGUGGGGCGUCUGGCCACGGCGCUGUGGCUGCGGCUCCGGGGCUGGGAGGCGGCGCUGGCGGCGGCGCAGCGGCUGCUGGUGUGGGAGAGGCCUCUGCACAGCUUCGUCUUGGCCGCCGCGAUCAACGGCCUCUUCUGGUUGCUGUCCUCCUCGUCCCUUCGGCCCUUCUUCCUCCUCAGCAUCUCCCUUUUGGGCUACUUGCUGCUGGAUCUCUGGCAGCCCCACUUCCUGGCUGACUUUUCAGCUUCAACCCCAGAAGAGACACACUCUGACAGUGAGGGUGCAGGGCCAGGCGCCCGGCCUCAUCUGCUGAGUGUGCCUGAGUUGUGCCGCUACCUGGCUGAGAGCUGGCUCACCUUCCAGAUUCAUCUUCAGGAGCUGCUUCAGUACAAGAGACAGAACCCAGCCCAGUUCUGUGCUCGAGUAUGCUCUGGUUGUGCAGUGCUGGCCAUGCUGGGACACUACGUUCCAGGGAUUAUGAUAUCCUACAUUGUGUUGCUGAGUAUCCUGCUGUGGCCCCUGGUCGUUUAUCACGAGCUGAUCCAGAGGAUGUACACCCGGCUGGAGCCCCUGCUCAUGCAGCUAGACUACAGCAUGAAAGCUGAGGCCCUGCAUCACAAACACGACAAGAAGAAGCGGCAGAUGAGGAGCAUGCCCCCGGGAGGUGAUGAACCAACAGCAGAGACGGAGAGUGAAAGUGAGGCAGAGCUAGCUGGCUUCUCCCCAGUGGUAGACGUGAAGAAAACAGCGCUUGCCUUGGCUAUUACAGACUCAGAACUAUCAGAUGAAGAGGCCUCAAUUUUGGAGAGCGGUGGCUUCUCUGUAUCUCGAGCCACUACUCCACAGCUGACAGAUGUCUCUGAGGAUCUGGACCAGCAGAGCUUGCCAAGUGAGCCAGAGGAGACAUUGAGCAGGGAUCUUGGAGAAGGAGAAGAAACAGAAUUGGCUCCUUCUGAGGAGCUGCUGGACCACGAACAUGCCCUUUCAAAACAGGCACUGGACUCUGAGGAGGAAGAGGAGGUGGCAGCCAAGGGGACCUUGCUUCAACUCACUUCGCCACUGCACUUUGUGAACACGCACUUCAAUGGAGCAGGGUCCCCCAGCGCUGGGAUCAGGGCUCCCCUCGGGGGAUCAAUGGAGUCACUUAGCCCUGAGCUAGCAAGUGAUUCCCUCAACACUGUGCCCAGCCCCCUGGCAGCCCCACUUUGCCAUGCUGAAAGCAGCAAAGUUCCCUCCCCUCCAGUCCUCCUGCCUAUUCCCCAGGACUGUGCCCUGCCUACCCAUGCCCCUGGGGAGGAGGAGGAGACACUGACCUCUGAGGACUUUGAGUUACUGGAUCAAAGGGAGUUGGAGCAGCUGGAGGUGGAGCUGGGAUUGGGGCCAGGCACACCCCCAGAACCCCCUGAUGCUCCACCCCCCAUUCCUGAUGCUCCACUUCCUGCACUGCCAGACCAAAAGGCUGGGGCUACUGUGGAACCCUGAGUCAGCUAGGGGGUGGGGAGAGAGGCUGAAGGGGGAGGCAGGCACAGGUUUGGCUGGUGAGCUGAGGGUGCAGCUGUUCUUCCUCCUGGUCCCACUGCAUUAGGCAGGGAGUGGAACAGUGAAGCAGGGGCCAUUCCACCCUCCAUCCUGCCUGCAACUGGGCCUCAAGUUGGUUUUAAGUUUGUAAAUAAAUUUCCAUUGGGGUUAGUGGACACAUGCAGGACCAUGGAAGCCCUGCCUGCAGCCUAUCACUCGCCUCCCUCCUUCCCCCUCGUUAUUCUCCCUCUCACCUCAGUGGGCUCCUAACCCUUUCCCUUCCAGCCUCAGGGACCUGUGCUGCUCUGCUCCAGUGUCCCGCCGAGUUGUUUAGUUAAGGCACUUUACCAAUUUCCUCUCUUUCCUGCUCCCCUCUGUGCUCUCUUUCCCUGUUGUCUUCAUCUUACAGCUAGGCUGCUCUGCCCCAGCUCCCUCCCCAUAACAGGCACUAGCUGAACUGGGGAGGUUCCUGUUUGGAGAUAGGGGAUGGGGAGGGGGGAACAGGGAAUUCAUAGCACAUACACCAGCACUGGGGUUGGAUGAGCACAAAGCCUGGCUUUAAGCUGACUGG